AUGUCAGAAUCGACACGACCUCUCCUGCUGCCCCAGAACCGGAGGAUUCGACACCUUCGAGGUAUCUACCUGCGCAAUCUGAGCUUCGACCGCCCUCGAGGGAAGACGACCGACGACUCGGCAGUUAAGCACUCGGCGGACAAAGCCGUCUCUCUCCGUGAGAAUGCUCACUUGCACCAUUCUGCCUCGAGCGAGAGCUUGCGGCCGUCUACUGCCCGUAGGAGGAGCACGAACUUGGGCAGCGCGAGCCCAGUCACGAGGCAAAAGAGACUCGAGAUCACGAUUGACAGUCGCGUUGCUGAUUCCUUCUUCACCCUCCAUGCUGGAGACGAGGAGGAGCCUAUUUACAUCAGCGAAACUGUCGAAAGAUCGGUGAACUUCGAUUUCCGGUUCUUCGAGCUGUCCCGGGCUGUCUGUUCGCCCACUUUACGAUUACCUGAGGUUACGAUCAAGUUCUGGGCGAAGCGGCAUGGAAGAUGGUCGCUGCACCUCGAAGAGUCGGUGGAUUUGCGCACAUUGAACUUUCUGGGAAGCACGAUCGGAACGCAUUUUCCUCCCAAUUGCCUCGUUUUCCACCUCACUGAUGGUGUAUACACACUCGAGCUACCGCAAAAGACCUUUCCUCCAAGGCAAGGUCAUCCGCAACCGACUUCCUCCUAUAAUGCCCUCAUGCGCUUGUCGACCCUCGAACGCUCCAUACAAGAUGCUCUGGUCACCCAGGAGACGCUGAAGCAGCAGAUCAACGAAUUGAUUUCCGAGACCCACGACGAGCGACUCGAACUUGACGAGGCCAAAGACAAAUUGAAUCUGGCAGAGAAGUACGUAUCCGCCGAGCAGAAGGCGGUCAGGAACUCCUCGGAGCAGGUGGAGAAAAUGCAGACAUCUAUUGCCGAUCGCCGCGAAAAGAUGGCUCAGGGGAGGUCGCUUAUGGAGAAGACGGGCCAUGAUAUGGACAGCGCACUGGACAAGCUUUCUGCGGACAAGGACCGGUCCAGCAAGGUCAAAGAUGACAUUCGUGGACAGCGGCGCCGCAUCUGCGAGGACCUGAACACCAUAUUCAGGAUCGAACCUGUGCCCGACGGCAAACCGUUGCAGUUCCAGAUUCGGGGAAUAUCCCUCCCCAACGCGGAGGGAUACGGUGGUGUAGUAUUGAGCGGCGCCGACGAGGAUGCUCUUUCUGCGGCAUUGGGCCACGUUGCGCUCUUGACGCAUCACCUGCAGUUCUAUCUCGGUGUACCUUUACCGUACCCAAUCACAUACUGUGGGAGCCGUAGCUACAUCACAGAUGAUAUAUCCAUCAUCCAGGACUCUAUCCGCGAUUUCCCUCUGUAUUUGCCUCGGGGCGGCUCAGCGGCCCAGUUCCGCUUCGACUACGGCUGGUUCAUCUUAAACAAGGACAUCGAAACACUCUGUGCUGCUCAGGGACUCAAGGUAAUGGAUAUCCGGCACACGCUGCCGAAUCUCAAGUACCUUCUCUACGUAUGCAGUGCGGGGACCGACGAGCUUCCGGAACGUAAGAAGGGCGGCGUCAGAGGUCUCCGUGCUGGUAUCAUGAGGAGCCGAGGCGUUAGCUUGGCAGACGACGGCGACAGCAUCAUGUCCAGUCGCCGUGGGAGUGUUGACAGCGACUUGCCUACCAGCGGCCGUCUUGCAGGAGACGAGUUGAAGAAGAAGAUGAAGGGGUUACGUGGCCCAGACGCGAGAGAUGAUGACGGCUCGAAUGUGCCCGAGAUCUCUGACGUCGGGAUGCCGUUUAAGGAGGACUUCAGCAAGCUAACGCUACGGACCAAGGGCAUGAGGGAGCAUGUAGGGAAGUGA